UAAUUUAAAACAGGGCAUAGAAAUAAAAUAAAGAACAGAUAAUAAUUUAAAACAGGGCAUAGAAACAUGUUUAAAAUCAGUGAUAAACCGGCGGGCAUAGGGACCAUGCGGCAACUCCUCCGACUGUAGAGGGGACGUGCACUUUUCCCAUGCACCUCUACUCACACUGGUCGCUUCUCCACAUUAACACCCACAUUCAUGAAAUAGAAAAUAGAGAAAAGAGCAACUGCCAAAUCGGCUCCCACUCCAACCGCUGCCCCACUCUUGACUGCUUCUCAGGAUAGAAGGAGAAUAAACCGAGGAGGAACAUGGCCCAGAGUGAAAAUCAGAGGAGAAGUCUGGAGAGUGAGGAGUUAUUUGAUUCCGAUGCGUCUUUCUUGGAUCAGCAGAAUUUCGAGAUGUCUAGUUGUCCCUUCAAUGAUGUCUUCACCUCCAAAGACUCACAUAUGGAGAAGAUCAACACUUUUCUAAAAAAUGUACAAGUUUUACUGGAGGCUGCUCGGUUCCUCGAGAGUGGUGAAAAGAAGGACGGAAAGUGUGAACAUGGAUAUGCUUCCACAUUUCCAUCAAACCAGAACACGAACUACCAGAGGCAAAGGAAAUUCCGUAAUAAGAAGUUCAACAGUAACCACAAUAGGUCCACACACAAUGAACUGGAGAAGAAUAGACGAGCUCACUUACGGCUUUGUCUGGAGCGGUUGAAGGCCCUCAUACCACUGGGACCGGACUGCAAUCGCCACACCACGUUGGGCUUGCUCAACAAAGCCAAAGCACACAUAAAGAAACUUGAAGAGGUGGACCGGAAGAGCCAAUACCAGUUGGAGUCUCUGGAGCGUGAGCAGCGGCACCUCCAACGCCAGCUGGAGCUGCUGAGGGAGGGCAGCAGUGCUGCAGCCCAGAGCAGCCUGGCAGAGGGGGAGAGGAUACGCAUGGACAGUGUGGGCUCUGCCCUCUGUUCUGACCGCUCCGACUCCGACCAAGAGGAGAUUGAGGUGGAUGUGGAAAGCACAGAGUUCUCCCAUGGAGAGCUGGACAGUGUGAGCACAGCCAGCACCAGCGACCUGGACGACCACAGCAGCCUGCAGAGCAUGGCCAGCGACGAGGGCUACUCCUCCUGCAGCGUCAAACUUGCCUUCUCCUCCUAGAGCCUCCUUCUCCCUGCCACGUCCGCCCUGCCAUGCCAUCUGUCUCUCCAGCCAUGCCCACCCACGCAGACCCACUCACCUUAGACAACAACCAGACCUCCAGCCAAUGGCUGAGCAGUGAUCUCCGCUUCCUCGCCUUCCUGCCUUUUCUUUUCCCACGUCACCAAACUCAGAGGAAUGAUCUGAAGACGUCAUCUUCUAUUCAGCUCUAAAGGGAGACUUGUUUGAUACAAAAAAAAAUCUAUGUCAACAUUAUUUUUAAAAGCUGUAAUUUAAAUAAAAAUAUAUAAUUGUAUUUUAUUCAUCCCCUCAAAUCCACAUACAUCAUCUAUCUCCCCUUUGAAGAUUCAUCAUCACUCGCCCCUAAUUUGAACCAAAAUGCACUUAAAUUCACUCUCCCGUCGUUGUGAUGACCUGUAAAUCCCGUCCAAAUGUCGUGGUGUAGGCCAGGAUCACGCCGAGCACCGCUGGUCCAGACUUGACGAACACCGUCGGUGAACUUUUGCCAUAUCAACACACGUGCAGCUCCUCUUCAACAUCACAACAGCCCUGAGUUUUGUCCUCUCCAUCCUGCAAAUUCUGUUUCCCAUUACCUCUGCUGAAUGCUGCAAAUGCCAGACACUGGUGAAUUGGUGCUAUUGUGAACCAAACCUGCGGGGACAUCGGUCAUAAAGACGACCAACCACGCGGGUCUCUGGUGUUUUUCUUUUUCCAACAAGCAGCAGAGGAAACCAUCCACACUGAAGUUGAUGGGAGAAAUCAGACAUUGCUGCCAUCGUGGGUGCUCAGUGCGUUUCAAGGAGUGUGACUUUCUGUGUGUGUGUUUUUAUUUGAGCUUUUUUUUUUUCCUCAACAAGCAGCUACAGCGAGCCAUCCUGCACUUACCUACUUUAGAGCUGUUCAUAGUAAUGGCACAAACCAAGAAGUUGAAAAAGGCUAAAAAAAAUUAAAAAAUAAAACGGCGACAGUGAAAAUAGGUCAAACAGCAGCAUCAGACCGUUGUUCUCCCAUACUCUCUCCAGCAGUAACAAGCAAUAACUCCUGUGUCUUUUCCCUCCUCCCUUCACUUGUAUGCAACUGUCCAAAAUAAAAGCAGCCUUUUUGGUUUUGUGUAUAAAAAUGGCUUUUUUAAAAUUCAAACUUUGAAUAGGUAUAAAUUCACCUACCCAUUCAGAAGGGUAGAGUGUGUGAGUAGAACUUUUUGUCCCUGUUGCUGUUGACCUGAUGAUUAUUGUGCUUUUUCAAAACAAUAUAUUGAGAAACUGUUCUCUGCAGAGUGGCAUUGGAUGAGGCAGGAACGCUGUUCAAUUUUCCCCUUUUUCUUCAGAUGAAAAUGUUUUUAAAUAUUUGUAAGGGGGGUUGAAAUGAAAGUAAUCUUUAGAACAACAUUGUGAAAAAUGCAAUUUCAGCUGGAGAUGGAGGAGACAGUGUGGCACUGACUCUUUUUAUUUAUUAGACUUUCUGUUGAUGUUGAUAAUAUUUACAAUCAGAGGGGACAAACUGCAUGCGGCAUUCCACGGGUGGUCCGAUGUACAGAUGGAGGGGUCAGCAGCGUGGGUCGAGGAACACAGGUUUUAUGAUGUCAUGUUCCAUCCCAGCUCCACUGGUAUUCAGAAUUGCACUUCAAAACACAGUUGUUGUUUUUUUUUUUUUAUGAUUAUUGUUUUGUCAGUUUCAGCUCCCAUAUUACAUUUCUGUUUGUAAGAUAAACAGAUGCCAACAUUCUAAUAUUUAUUUUCUCAAACACAAACUCUUUUGGGGAAAAGCUAAAUUAUUUUGGUCCUGUGUUUUAUUUUAUUUGAUUCUAAUUAUUUCUCAUUCCUUAUUCUAAGAAUUAUAUUGUGUGGCUUACAGUACUGUGCAAGAACAUGGCCGAGAUAAAUCCUGAAUGUUAUGUUUUAAUCUUUUUAUUAUAUUCACUGGGUAAUGGAAAAA